CAGUACUAAACCGACUACCAACCUCAUUUGAACGUCGUGAAAUUUAUCACAUCAUAUUUCAGACACUCGUAUGUAUUGAAAAUAGAAAUUAAAAUUUUCAUUCAUUUGUGUAUUGUUAUUAAUAGAUAAAAAUAUAAUUUAUAAAUUUUUUUUUAAUUUUUUUAACUUGAAAUUUUGUUGAUAUAUGGUUGUUGUAAAAUAAUAUUCAAUUUAACAAGUUUUAAAUGUGAUAAUUAGUUUUUAAUUAAACUUGGUUGUGUAAAAAAUUAUUUAUAUAUUUUUUUAAUUGGAUUAAUAAAGUGACACAAUGAGACGACAAUCGUAUGCACAAUGUAUGCAUAGCAGUAAUGAGCCACAGAUAAUUGUUGAAGAAACAAAUACAGGUGAAGAAGAAUUUAUUAGAAGUGGAAAUGAAUCACCACCACGUUGUCUGGAUCCUGAUUCACCAUCACUCAAUCCAUAUCUACUAUCACCGUGGAGAGAAACACGAAAACAUUCUCUACCAACACCACAAUGCACCUCUGGAAUAACUGCGUCACAAGUAAGACGUUUAAGUGAACGAGGCGGUGAAGGUUCUGGUCCAAGUUCACGUGAAGCAGCAUUUUUAGCAACAUUAUCAUCAGCUCCAACACCUCAACCUGGUGGUAGAAGACAUUCAGUUGUAACAAUAUCAAAAGUACCAACAGCAUUUUUUGGACGUGGUCGUCGUGAAUCAAUUGCUGCAUUACCAACUGGUUCAACGCGAAUAUUACCAAUACGUCGUGAUUCAAUAACAACUGGACCACCAAGUAAUUCUGGUAGUACACAUAAUCUACAAUUGGAUAUAAUGGAUGACAUUGCAGAAAUUAAAGCGAGGAAGGUUCGCUUAAAAAUGUGGAAAACACCAUCCCGUGAACGUGUCUGUGAAGUUCAAACACUUGAAGGUAAUAAUUGUUCAACUCAAAGAUAUGUUCAACAGGGUCAACGAAGAUAUUCUGAUUUAUCAAUAAUAUCAACAAAUCAAAUGGCCUCAAAUUCAUCACGUAGACGUGCUUCCGAAAUGCCACAUACAAGUGGUACAAUAUCACCAGGUAUUGUAUGCUCAAAUACUGAUUUAAUAUCAAUAUUAAGUUCAUUAACAUCAUCAGCAAAUGAAAUUAAUUAUUGUAAUAAUGAUGAUGUAUUAAUAAAUCAUGAUGAUUAUAAUAAAACAACAAAAACAAUUGAACAAAAACGUAAAAAUUUAAAAAAUUUUCGUUCAAAUAGUUUUGAUAUAUCAAUAUUAAAUGAUACAUUUGAUAAUAAUAAAAAAAUUGAUAAUAAUAUAAUUAAAAAAUUUAAUUAUCAACAACAACAAGCACCAUCAAAUUGGUUUACAAAUCGUCAUCAACCAUUGUGGAAAAAACAAAAAAGUAUAGAUGUUAAUAAUAUACAAACGACAAAUAUAAAAAUUGAUAAAUCAAAAUUAAUUCAAGUUGUUAAAGAUACACUUGUUAAAACAACAGUAACAGCAACAGCAACAACAACAACAUCAUCAUCAUCAUCAACAACAACAUCAACAGCACCAUUAUCAUCAUCAUCAUCAUCAAAAGAAUUAAUUCGUCAUAAAGUUGUUUGGGAUGAUAAAAGUGGUACUAAAGUUGAUGCACAAGUACUUGGUACAGCAAUUGAAGAAUUUUUAACAUCACAAAGAAGUAAUGAUGUAUCAACAAGUAUUAAUACUAAAACCACAAUAUCAUCUGGUAAACAAAAAACAAAUAAAGUUACAUCUUGGUUUGUUGGUAAUAAUAAUAAUAAAGAAGAUGAAAAAACUGAACCAUGUGAACCAUCAAUUUGUUCAUCAUUAAAAGAUCUAUUUGUCAAAUAAUUUAUAGAUAUAUUAUAUAUUUAUAUAUGUAUAGUUUAUAUGUUCAUUCCAUUUUAUGUAAUGCAAAAUUUUCUUUGCUGGUCAGAGACGUUUAAAAAAAAUACAACUCAAUGUAAAAUAUAAAUUUAAAAAAAAAACCCUGGACCUGUAUUUGAUGAAAUCUUGGUGUUAUUGUAUUUAAAAAAAGAGAAUAUAUAUUAAUUUUAAUUGUUCAUUAUUCAUUUGUCAUUGAUGUAAAUAUACAUAAUUGCACUAACAAAAAAAAAAAAGAAAGAAUUUAAAACUUAUAUUUAAAAAUUUUUAAUACCCUAAAUGUUAGAUACAUUGAUGUUAUUGUAAUAUUUUAAUUUAAAUGUAUUUCAAUGUCAUGAGAAUAACAACAAUGUAUUUAAAUUAUUAUUUUUUGUUUAUUUUUAAAAGUCAGUAUUGUUUAGAAAUAAUGUCAAAAUAUUAAUAAUAAUAAUAGCUAAAGUAUAACUCGUAUAUCAAAAAAAUAAAAAAAAAAAGUCCAAGUUUCAUAAUUAACAAAAAAAUAUUAAUUACAUUAUUUGAAGAAAAUAUUUAAAAGAUAAAUUAUUGAAAGUAUAAUAAAUAAUAAACAGAGUAUAUUAUUAAUAAAAUCCCAUUGCACAAUUUAAAAUGCGACAAUCAAUAGAAAAAAUUAAAAUGAAAAUUAAGUUAUUGAUAAUUUUGUCAAAGUGAUUUAAUAUAUUAUCUUGAUGUAGUUAAUAUUAUGGGAUUUAGAAGUAAAAUAGCUGUUGGUGGUUGACAAAACUUUGAUCAAAUUGGAUUAAAAAAUAUAUUACAAGUUUAAUGAUUACUUGUGAGGACGGAUACCACAGAGACAAAUAGGAUCAAAAUCAGGUCAAAUAACAGGGGAGAACAGUUACCACAAUGUCACCACAAUCAAUCUUUUUUUUUUAUUUUGAAAUUGUUAUUUAAGUUGAAUUUUUUUUUUUAAAUUGUUUACAAAACAAACUAAAAUCCAUAAAAUUGUUGCUACAAAUUCUGGAUGAUAAAAACAAUCACACAAUAAAAUUAUCAAUAACUUUUUUGUUAAUAAAAAUAUAAUAAAAAAGAUGCUGGUUAUCUCAAAUUGUAAUAAUUGUUUUCGUUUUUUUUUUUGAAUUAUUAUUAUUUGUAAAAUUGAACAAAUAAAAUGAGUAAUAUUAAACCAGUCAUUUAAUUAAUUAUUAUUGAAUAUUACUGUGAAAUAUUUGAAUUUGCUUGAAUAAUUAAAUAUAAUUAUAAUCACAUAAUAGAGAAGAAUACCUGUCAUUAUCAUUCAAUUUUAGCUGAACAAUAGAAUAAUAAUGACAAUUAAAUUUUUUAUUUGAUAUUCAUGCUUAUUAAAUUGAUGAAUAUUUAUUUUUAAAUAACAAUUGAUUUUAUUUUAUCAAUAACACAUUCAAAUUAAUGUUAUAUAAUUUAUAUUUUUUUUUUAAAUUAUUAAAAGCUGUAACAGAAAACUGAGCUUAUUAAUUUGUAAAUUAAAUUCAUCACGUUGUUGGACAUCAAUCAAUAUGUAUAAAUUAAAAAAAAAACCUGAAAAUGUUUAUUUAUGUUUAAAUGUUAAUUUAUAUAUAAAAAAAAAAAUGUAUUUGUUUAAAUAAAUUUAAUGCCAA